AUAUUGUCGAAUAAGCCCACCCCUACACGUACUCGUGCGUGCUCCUACGCUUGAAGAGCCGUGGAGUUUAGAAGACAGUCAAAGUGGAUGUGGUAUUGGUAGCGAACUUGAAAGAUGAGACAGAGAGUAAGAGGGGGAGGGUUGGAGUAGAUCCGAAGAAAGAGGAAUAACGCGAUAAGGGCAGAUUAAUGCUAUGAUUGACGGGAGCCUUAGGAAGACCACCAUCAUCAUCAUAGCUCCUCUUCGCUGAACUACGGGGUCAAGAGACUCCAGCUCUGCGCUAUAUGGUCAACACAUUCCUUCUCAUCGGUCAGUUAAAACGUCGCUUCUUGGACAGUGAAGGCGCUCAAGCAAAGUUUGGCCGACUUUCACUGGACGAUAAAGUUGCUCGGAUAACUUUGGUGGAUAUAAUAUCUCAUGACCUGUAGUCAAUCGUCACUCGUAUUCGAAGUAGACAGCAUCACUAUAGUUCUCAAUUCACGAAACAGUGUCCUGUUCCCGGUUUUAUUUUCUUCUUUCGAAAUUGGAAUCCAUUUGGAUCGCAUCAUUUCAGACCAACAUGAACGAGACUCACAGUAUUCUCAAAGACAUGAAAGAAGACAAGAUUGAGAGGGGUGUCUUGAGUGAUCGUUUGGAGGAAGAGAUGGAACAUGAGGACCAGGAUUCAAACAAACUCACAUCAUUUUCAAUUUUGGAUAUCCUUGGUAAAUCCAAAGAAAUCAGCGGGACCUGCAACAUUUCAGUCGCAUCGUCAUCGCCCAAUACAACAUCGGAGUCAGCAUCGGCACCGUCAAACUUACAACUAACUGUCGCGUAUCCGUUUCAUCAUCACAAGCAUCGUCCUAAUCAUCAUCUUCAUCAUAAAGGGGAAUAUCUUCAUCGUCAUCCGAUCUCACACGACCACCUUAUGCGACAACACCAUCAUCACCACCACCAUAAUCACCAUCCCCGUCAUCAUCCGUAUCGUUCAUCGUCGCAGACAAAAAUUUCGACGAAAGACGAACCGUUGGAUUUUUCUCAUCCAGGUGAUUUAAUGCUCGCCGAGAAGCAGAGACUUGCCUUACGUCUUCAAUCACCUCCUCAUCCGCCUAGUCACCUUCGUCGUCAACUCGAAUCCCUCGACGACCACAACGAUGACGAUGAUGAUCAAGACGAUCAUAUUGAUACGGUCGAUGACCUCUUUACCAUCAAGCGAGAAUCGUUUCGUGACGGUAGAACAAUUUCCUCCUUAAAAGUGGAUGUUGACUCUCAAAGUAUCCAUGGCAACAGCAUCGUUGAGGAUGAUGACGAGGAGAUGACGAGAGGUCGACGAUCGCCAUCUCAUUGUUCAUCACCGAUAUCAUCAGGAAUAGACCAGGAUUCGAGAUUCGACGACGAUGUCCAAUCGUCAUCGUCGAAGACAAGAAAGAAGCGAUCACGGGCUGCCUUUUCCCACGCGCAGGUCUUCGAGCUCGAGCGGCGGUUCAGCCACCAGCGCUACCUGUCCGGCCCCGAGCGAGCCGACCUCGCCGGCGCUCUCAAACUCACCGAACAGCAAGUGAAGAUUUGGUUUCAAAACCGUCGCUAUAAGACGAAGAGAAAACAGAUGGCGGUCGAGAUGAUGUCGCCGUUGCCGGCCAAGAAAGUCGCUGUCAAAGUCCUCUUCAAAGAUAGUCAUCAUCUACCGAUUCCUCAUCCGCAUCAUGCGCUGGGUUUUACUUCAGCGGGUAUCGAGCAUCUCUUACCAGCAUCCAUCGCUCAUCUUUACCCGCAGCUCGCGGCGUACCAUCCAUCCGCCAACCCGCUGUACCACUACUCCAGCGCGUUGCACGGUGUUCUUUAUGGGCACUGAGUAAGCAUAUAGAAAUACACCUUAAUUUGUUACAAGAGACCUUCUUAUAAUUAGAUCUUUGUAAUACACUAUAAUUGUCAAUAUUCGGAGUGAGAAGGGCUUUAACUCUGUAUAAAAGCCAUCCGGACUCCAAACAGAAUUUAUAAUAUUGGAAUUCUGGUGGCACUGUAUUACCAUGCGCGUACGAAGGGGUGUUUUGGUUUAGUUAAACACCCCCUUUUGUUUCUGUCCCUAAAAAAACGAAGUAUGGAGGGAAAUGAGAGAGCCAAAAAAAGAAAAGAAGGAAGUUUCCGGAAUUCCCGCUAAACUUUUAAAAUGAUGAUUUCACACGGAAACAUUUAUCUUUUUGUUUUCUCCAAGUAAUCUUAUGCAGCUUGACCUUCGUGGAUUAAUCUUGAACUAAUUACUAUAUCCAUACACUUGAUGUUUUGUUCAACGGUGCCUUGCUACUAAUAUGCUCGGAUGACUAUUACGCAUUUUAAUCAGGUAACUCUAAAGGUAUUGGUGCUAAUGUAUUUGCAUACAAAUUUCUCUUUUUCACUCAAAAGUCACUCUAAAAGAAAUUAUGAGAUAAUUUGGCAGUAAGAAGUAAGAAGCAGUAAGAAUAUUUAUUUUUAUAACAGUGUCCCAAGUAAAACUUGUUUCAUUAUAAGAUAAAGUGGAAUAUGAAAAUUGCUCUUGAUCCCGAAAAUUAGGAUUGUUUUAUUUGUCAGUCAUAGAAUCAAAUUAAAUAUUUUUUAAAUGUUCAAAAAAUGAACAAUUCUUUUUUAGCAUUUCUCUUUUUGGUGACUUUGAUUACUGACGAAAUGGUUAUGACGCAAGAUUUUGAAAUAUUUCCUCAGUAAGUUCGUUUCUCAUUCACAGUUAUCAAUACUUGCUCGUCCUCAUUGAAGAAUGUCAAAAUCAACAUUAUCGAGAAAAGUGAAGAACCACUUUUCAUUACAAACAACAAUUCUACAAACCACACAUCAAAAUAUUAAUAUAGUGUGUUAAAUUCCUGUUUUAUUUCUUUGUUUAUGUUUUGCCGAAACACCCUUUUUCGACCUUUUUCUCUACCUCGAUACUUGUCAGUCAUAAACUCUUUUCUCCUAAAGAUGAAGAAAGAAGAGAAAAUAAUGUUUGAGUACUGACGCACUUUGAGGUUAAAGACGCUACUUGCGGUUUGUUUAUUUCUAUGAAAAUAUCAUCAUAAAUCAUAAAUGCAGUUUUUCUUGCAUAUUUGGGGCUGGAAGAAAAAGGAAGAUCUGUCUGUAUAUACCAGCUUUGACGUUAGGUACCGUAGUUCGAUAGAGAACCAUUUCGGUUCAACUCAAUAAAUCAUUUUUCGCUUUGUCUUUGCUCCUUCAGUGUUUGUAGGAAAAGAAAGUUUGGAAAGUUUGAAAAGUUUGACUCGCAUGUUUGACUGGUGGCUAGAAAGAAUAUUCUGCAUCAAAUGUUGUUACAUGCUUAGACAAGCGAAAGUCCAUUUUCCUUAUUUUGGUUAAUAUUUUUAUUGAGAUUACAUGUUCAUGUCUUCAUAUCUUUGAAACCUUCGGACUGAAUAUUCAAUAUUCGUAAAAUCAUGCGAUCAGAACGUCUACCCUUCUUUCUUUGUUUCUCCUUUCCCGGAUGAACAAAUCCUACAGAUUUUUUAUUCGUAAACAAAAUUGUGGUGACUUUUAGAAUAUCCAAAUGAUUCGACAGAUCACGAAAAAUUUGGUAAUAUUUUACCAUAUGAACUGCUUAAAAUGGUGUUACGAAACAUCUUGAUAUUUCAUAAAAGUAUAGUUACAUUUAAUUUUACGGGCAUACCCUUAAUUUGAUUUCCCCUUCAUUAUAAUCAUCACCAUCAUCAUUUUAAUUUACAAAUUUACUCUUUUGAAUAAGGAGUAUAGACUAAGAUUUCAUUUUUUCUUUUCUUUAAUAUCUCUCUCUUCAGAACAAAUAAUCUGUGUUUAAUUUUUUUUUUAAUCAUUAUCAAUAUAAAAAAUGAUGAAUUGUAUCUUUUAAUGAAGAAGUCAUUUAUAAACAAAUUUCUGCAUCAGAAAUACACAAUUAAAGUGAUUAUAUAGGCCAAUAAUACAAUGGAUUUAUUGUGUGUAUGAAACAGAACAUGAUGGAAGCUGUUUUUUAUAAAAAUUGCAGUGUAUAUUGUGUGAUGUGAUGUAUGUUGUGUAUACUGAAAGACUUUUCUUGUAUAGUUUAUGUUGUAGCAAUAUACCGUCCGUUAUUGGAACUUUUUUAGGAUUUAAUGUACAUAAGGGUGAAUUUUGAUUUGUGAGUGUUAAUGAAUUCCCCAAUGGUAUAUAGAUGUUUAUGUUAUGCAAACCCUGUAAAUAUAAUGCCACAGAACGCAAUAGAAGAUAUAGAGGUGCGUUUUUUCAGAGUUGUCUGUAUAUACUUUUCAUGCGGAAAAAUAAAUUGUCUAGUUGCCAGAGAUAAUGUUCAUAAACUA